AUGGCUGAAACGCACACUCUGUAUUAUUCCUUGAAGAAACUGUUAUCUUUCUUCAACGGUGUUAUGGCUCUCUCUGGCGUGAUCCUCAUCGGCCUGGGCAUCUAUGUCAGUUUCAGAGGGGCUGUUCUGAUGGUCCUCGGCCUGUCCUCUGCAUACCUAUUUCACGUUGGCUACCUGUGCCUGGUGAUGGGCUGCAUCACAGUGCUGCUUGGCUUUGCUAGGUGGCACAGAGCAACCAAAGAAAGCCGAGGCACCCUCUUGUUUUGUUUCUCGGUCAUGGUCAUCAUUCUCAUCGUGGAAAUCACUGUCGCCACAGUGGUCCUUGCCUUCUUCCCGACUGUUAGAGAAGUGGCCUUGGAGCACAGCUUUGUGACCCUGAAUUACAGAGGUUACAAACAGCCAGAUGACUAUUCCCUGGAAUGGAAUCUGGUCAUGGAGAAGCUAAAGUGCUGUGGCAUGAAGAACUACACAGAUUUUCCAUCCUUCGAAAGGAUGACUGGCCAUACCUACCCCAGGGGCUGCUAUAAAUCCAUCAGGACCGUGGCCUGCAAAGGGCACAACGUGUCUGCAGAUGUCACCGACCAGGAGGGCUGUUUCCCUAAGCUCCUGAAAAUAACCAAGACUCAGAGCAUCAACCUGAGUGGGGGCUCUCUGGGGGCAGCAGUGAUACAGGUUUGA